GGAGUUAAAGUUCCCCAUCUCAAAGCAUGCUGGUUGGGGGAUUCUGGGAGUUGAAGCCCACCCCUCUUAAGGGGGCCAAAAUUGAGAAACACUGCUUCAGAGUGAUGGGCUGUGCUACUGGCUCAGAUCAGGCAGUGAUUCCCAAGCUAAUCCUCUCCAAGGAUUCCAAACGAUGUACAAUCUUCUAGCUUCCUUGUCCUCAGAUGACGAGAGAGAGAAAAAAAACAACAACACCGAGAAACACCAUUAGAAAAACACUUUGGGUGGACAGGAGACCCGAUUUAAGCUUAGGCUGCAAAUACACGCCCUUUGUUGGUGCGCUUUCUCGUCGGUCGCGCCUUGUGAAACCUCCCCCUGCCCCUUCUUGCGAAUUCGAAGAAGAGUCGAAGCAGCCUUCCGUUUCGGAGCAGCAACGGCACCAGCUGAAACACCGAGAGCUCUUUUUGUCCCGCCAGUUCGAGUCUCUGCCCGCCACCCACAUACGGGGGAAGUGCAGCGUUACCCUGCUGAAUGAAACGGAUAUCCUCAGCCAGUACUUGGAUAAAGAGGACUGUUUUUUCUACUCGCUGGUUUUUGACCCGGUUCAGAAGACCCUCUUAGCCGACCAGGGGGAGAUUCGGGUGGGCUGCAAGUACCAGGCAGAGAUCCCUGAGCGACUGGCGGAAGGGGAAUCCGACAACCGGAACCAGCAGAAGAUGGAGAUGAAAGUGUGGGAUCCGGACAACCCGCUGACCGACCGGCAGAUCGACCAGUUCCUCGUGGUGGCUCGGGCGGUGGGCACCUUUGCGCGAGCCCUCGACUGCAGCAGCUCCAUCCGUCAGCCCAGCCUUCACAUGAGCGCAGCGGCUGCUUCUCGGGAUAUCACGCUGUUUCAUGCAAUGGACACCCUGCAGCGUAACGGCUACGACCUCGCCAAGGCCAUGUCGACUCUGGUGCCCCAGGGCGGGCCCGUGCUGUGCCGGGACGAGAUGGAGGAGUGGUCCGCUUCGGAAGCCAUGUUGUUUGAGGAGGCCCUGGAAAAAUACGGGAAAGACUUCAACGACAUUCGGCAGGACUUUCUGCCCUGGAAGUCCUUGGCCAGCAUCGUGCAGUUCUACUACAUGUGGAAAACCACAGACCGAUAUAUCCAGCAGAAAAGGUUGAAAGCGGCGGAAGCCGACAGCAAGUUGAAACAAGUAUACAUCCCAACGUAUACGAAACCGAACCCGAACCAAAUCAUCUCCGUGGGCUCCAAGCCUGGAAUGAACGGCGCCGGGUUCCAGAAAGGGCUGACCUGUGAGAGCUGCCACACCACCCAGUCAGCCCAGUGGUACGCCUGGGGCCCUCCUAAUAUGCAGUGCCGCCUCUGCGCCUCUUGCUGGAUCUACUGGAAGAAGUACGGGGGCCUGAAGACGCCAACGCAGCUCGAGGGAGCCGCCCGCAGCAUCACAGAGCCCCACUCUCGGGGCCACACGUCUCGGCCGGAAGCCCAGAGCCUCUCGCCCUACACCACCAGCGCCAACCGGGCCAAGUUGCUGGCGAAAAACCGGCAGACCUUCCUCCUGCAGACCACCAAGCUGACCCGCAUCGCGCGACGUAUGUGCCGGGAUAUCUUGCAGCCACGGCGGGCCGCCCGGCGCCCUUACGCGCCCAUCAACGCCAAUGCCAUCAAGGCUGAGUGCUCCAUCCGCCUUCCCAAAGCGUCCAAAACGCCCCUGAAGAUCCACCCUUUGGUCCGUCUUCCUCUGGCCACCAUUAUCAAGGAGCUGGCCGCCCAGGCGCCCCUGAAACCCCGCACCCCUCGCGGCACCAAGACGCCCAUUAACCGGAACCAGCUGACCCAAAACAGAGGCUUGGCUGGCAUCGUGGGCAAGCGGACUUUCGAGAACCUCUGUGUGCGACCGGGCGCAGGUGGCAGGGGGCGGGCUCCCCUUCUCGGCCAACGGGCGGUCGCUAACUUCCGGCAUGAGGUCAAGCAGUCAGCCUGCCCUGAAACGUCAGAAGCUGAACCCCGCCGACGCCCCCAAUCCUGUCGUUUUUGUGGCGACCAAGGACACCAGAGCCCUCCGCAAGGCGCUGAGCCACCUGGAGAUGCGGCGAGCUGCCCGUCGGCCCAACCUUCCAGUGAAGGUGAAGUCAGCCCUGCCGCUCAGGCCUCUGGGGGCUCCCCUGUUGCCGGUCCCCCCAGUCCACCCUGCCAGCACCAGCGAGCCCAUCAUCCUGGAAGACUGAGCGCUGAGCUCCCUUCUCAGCCCCUCUAGCAAUCUUUUGGUAGCCACCUCGCCCAACACCACAACGCCCCUCCAUCCAGACCGGAGGCCCGAUUCGCCGCAAGCCGCUUCCGAGGGUCCCGUGGCCCAGCAUUUGCUGGGAACGGGCCGGGCUGGGGGGUCCCUGCCCUCUCUCCCCCCCGGAGUUGGGUCCUGGGUCUCCCGCCCUCUCUUUUUUAUAUAUAAAUAUAUUUUUAAUUUCCACAUUUUACAUUUGUACUUCCGCCCCCCCCCCCUCUUCCCGCCCAGCCUCCUCCGCUCCUCGCUGAUCUGAAUGCACAAAGUCCCCCGGUCCUGUACGGUUUUUUUUUUUUUUUUAGGGGCGCCCUCGUGUUUUCGCCUCCCUCCUCGUUUAGGGACGCAGGCGAUGCUAGGAGAGGCGUGGGAUUGGGAGGGUCAGAGGCGUCCCUGUUAUUUUCAAAACGGCCUCUUUUUUCCAACGGGAUCGCUCUUUUCCCGUCUCUGUGUGGUUUUUUUUCCCUCUUCUGGGAUCCUCUAAAAUCUUCCCUCCCGCCCCCCCAAUUUGAGAACAGGGAACCUUUGCAAUUCCUUGUUAAUGCAUCCAUCUGAUGAAUCCCCCUCCUCUCUUCCCCCCCUCAGCCUUUGACGAAUUCCUUUUUUUUGUACAUGGUUUGGAGAGCAAAAAAAAAAAAAGGGUUUUUUUAAAGUCAGCCUCUUAACUGGUUCUUAUAAGCAACGACAGCGGGGAAAAAUAAUAAUAAAUGCCGUUUUCUUCA